CUGCAAGUUGCAGCGCCCUGCAUUUUUCUGAGCAUUCGCUGUUGGCAAAGGUGGGACAGACUGAUCCAAAUCGAGGCUUGCUGGGUGUGUCUAGGUGUGUCUGUUGUCUCUGCGCGACGAGCAACAGCCUCAGCAUAAAAAAAAAGAAAACUCCAAGGCGGAGGUCAAACAAAGUGGAGGGUUUUGACCAAACCAGCAGCGUUGAAUUUCGGUUAGUUAGUUUGGGCUCCUGCGACUGAAACCCUACUUGGACUCUUCCUCCUCUCAGAGUAUCGGGGUCAAAGUCCGUCAAUUCUUCUUCUUCUUUUUUUUCUAAAUUAAAAAUGGCGAAGUUGCUAUUUUUUGUCAUCUGUUUGCAGGUCACGACGUCCUGCGUGGAGUCGUGUCACCUCCCCGGCUCAGUCUAUGUCCUCGUCCCUCAAAACAUCCCUGUCGGUUACCAAAUUACAAAAGUUCAAACCUCCGACUGUGACCCUAAAACCCUGAGGCUGACCCUGAAGGACCCCAGCUUUAGCAUCCGCGAGAACGGAGAGGUGGUGGCCGCAGCCGCCGUGUCUCUACCGGACGGCGAGCGGACAUUUUCCGUCAAAGCUCAGGACCAGAAUGGACCGGAAAGUGCGAUGGAAGUUUACCUUUACUGUAAAAGAGCGCAGCAAACAGACUUCAAAGGCCAAGCCCUCCUGAAACGAACCAAAAGACGCUGGCAGCCUCCACCAACCCAGAUCUUGGAGAACGAUCCAGGUCCAUUCCCAAAGGAUGUUGAAACGCUGGCCUCUGAUUCAGCAAGCGUGCACGACGUUUAUUACACUAUCAGUGGACCUGGAGCGGAUCUGGAUCCAAAGGGAGUUUUCAGCCUGAACAGGGAUACUGGGUUGUUACAAGUCCACAAGUCACUGGAUCGAGAAGAGAUAGAAGAAUAUAAAUUUAGGAUCAGCGCCUUUAAAAAGGCCACCGAUGAGCCAGCAGACGAUCCUAUGACUUUUGUCAUAAGAGUUGAUGAUAAGAAUGACAACCCUCCAGAGUUUGUUGGAAAGCUGCAGUUCACCGUAUCGGAGCAAACCCCAGGGGCUGUCGUGGGGAAAGUGAACUCUACAGACAAAGACAAACAAGACACUGAUCAUGUUAGAAUCAAGUACUCAUUGAAGUCUGAGUUAAACCUCUUUAGCAUAGACCCUGACACUGGUGAAAUACGCACAAUCACCAACACUCUGGACAGAGAGGUCAAAGACAAGUACACAGUCAUCAUAGAGCUCAGAGAUUUAAAGGGUGCUCCCAAAGGUUUGUCUACCACAGGGACAGCAACCAUCACUCUGAGUGACAUCAACGACAACGCGCCAACUUUCAGAAAGACAUCUUAUGAAGCCACUAUCAAAGAAAAUGAAAGCGGAAAGUGUAUCCUUGACAUUCCCCUGGACGAUAAAGAUUUGGAAAACACACCAAACUGGAUAUCCAAACUUGUCAUCACCAAAGGAAACGAGAAUGGAAACUUCCAAGUGGAAAGGGAUCCCAAACAAAACAUUGGCCGUCUCUGUGUUGUGAAGCCUCUCGAUUACGAGAAGACAAAAAGCAUAAAUUUGGAAGUUUCAGCUCGCAAUGAGCCGGAUCUUAUUGGCACCAGCGCCCAGUGGCAGUCCGUACCCAUUGUUGUCUCCGUCUCCGAUGUUGACGAAGGCCCAGAAUUCAGCGCUCCUACAAUUCGCAUUCCAGUCAAAGAGAACACACCAAAUGGCUCUGUGAUUGGAAGUUACACAGCUUUGGAUCCUGAGACCAAGAGCAGCAGCGGCAUCAGGUAUUACAAAGUUCAGGACCCAGCUUCGUGGAUCAAUGUCGACACAAAUACCGGAGAGCUUAAGGUCGCCAACACGAUUGACAGAGAGUCACAUUAUGUCUAUGACGGGCUUUACAACAUCACCAUGAGGGCGGUUGAUCCCUCCUUAAAGACGGGAACCGGAACAGUCAUCCUUGUGAUAGAGGACGUCAACGACAACAUGCCUGUGUUUCCCUCUCAACUGGUGAUGUGUGAGAACAAGGACCAGAGUCUCAGCUCAAUGCUCGUCACAGCUGAAGACAGAGACCAGGCUCCAUUUUCUUCCCCUUUCACCUUCUCACUAGCAAAUGAAAACGAAGAAGACUGGUCCAUUGAAAGGUUUAAUGACACCACCGCCAUGUUGAAGCAGCUUAAGGAUCUUCCAAGAGGAAGAUACGAAAUUCCUCUUAUUGUCAGAGAUCAGCAAAGUUUUGGCAAAACUCAGACAGUAACAGCAACUCUCUGCGUGUGCACCAAGCAAGGAGUCUGCCAGGCAAACCAAAGCUCUAUAUCAUUGGGCCCACUGGGUAUACUGGCCCUGCUGCUGCCUCUCUUUCUCCUCCUCCUCCUCUUUUUACUUCUCGCGUUUGUCUGCUCCACAAGGACAGAGAAAGUUCCGUUUGAUGAAACAGGAUACAGCGGCGGGAUCCUGCUGGAGUCAAACACCGAGGCCCCCGGAGACGAAGUGGACACUUUCAUCCCUGUCGCGUCUCUCGGAGCAGGCCAACAGCAGCUUAAAGAGUCUUCCAAAAUCUUUGAUUCCACGUGGAAGGGAAACAAAAGUGGGAGCACUCUUGGUGGCCACAGCAUUCGCGAGAAUGGAUUUUAUCAGACUGGCAUGAACUCCAUCAAUAUGCAGUAUGGUUCUGGCCAGUUCGAAACUCAAAAUUAUCUAGGCAAUGGCAUGAGCCUGGAAAGACACUAUGCCACGGACUCAUCUCUCACUCAGUUCUGGCGAACAAAUGAGCACCGCAUUAACCAGAAACUGGCCAUUAUGGGAGAAGAAGGGGAGGAGCACUUCGCUGACGACAACGUCAAAUGCUACGGCUACGAGGGGGUGGGCUCUGCCGCCGGCUCUGUCGGAUCCUGCAAAGACUUCGGCGAAGAAGAAAACCUGGACUUCUUGAACACGCUGGGACCAAGGUUCAAAACUCUUGCAGCCGUGUGCAAAAAGACAUGAGCAAAGGGACUUUACACACGAGUUCAUAGGUUCACUACUGACUGCAGAGGGCAAAGGCCUGGAAUCAGGAAUGAGACUGUGCAGGUGAUGUUAGUGUGUAUAUGGAGGUUUUUUUUUCCAACUUGUUGGUCUUUUGCACUGAAAACUUUGCAUUUUCUGUCAGUUGUUUAUCAUUUGCACAACACACUUCUAUGUGUUGACUUAGAAUUUGCCUCUAAAGUGUUGGUUCUGCUUCUAAAGGUGUUUAUGGUGGAAAGUUAGAAACUUUUGGUGUUUAUGUGUUUUUUUUACCAUUCAUCUGCUUUCAUAGUUAAUAACAUUUUUAUAUUUAUAGAUAUUUUUUGUUUCAAAACUGACUGAUCAUUUGUUGCUUUUUUAUUGUUGUGUAAAAAAUGUAAAGUCUAGAGAAUCAUUUGUAAUAAACUUUAAUGAUUUCCCACCAGUCAGUUCAGACUUUGAAAAAAGGCUUUUUUCAGCUACGCCGGGGUGUGUUUAUGGAGGUUAUUGCAACAUUCUGGCAGCCAUGAUGUGAAAGUCUGAGCGAGGGUGUGAAUGGGAGGGACGAGGUGUGGCCCCACAAUGAACUAUUGCACAAACGUCCCAUUUGAACAGGCUUGCUGUGUCAGAGCCUGUGCUGUGUCUUUUAAGAAGGUGUCACGCAUGAAGAAUCAAGAGUUAUUGGUAAACGUGAGAAAUUUUGACAGGCCAACUUUUUAAUGAGUUCAAAAACAAUGAUGUAUCAAAACACCUUAAGAUACCAGACAUUUAAAUAAAGAUUUUUCAGUUUGA